UGUCUGGAUGUUUCUAGAGUGCUACAAUUGUAUGUUUUACCUGGAGUAGGGAAAAUAGACCAUUUCCUUUUUUGUACUACUGAGGUUACAGGCUACAUGAAACAAACCAAAAAUACUGAGUAUAGAAUAUGCAGGAAAAUCAACUGCACCAAUACCUGACAAAGAGUAUACUUUAUCGCAGCCUGACAAAAUGCUUUGAUAUUUGAACAAUCCCACAGACAGCGAUAAUGUGUGCCCUUAUCUAGAUUGCAUUUGAUAGACUGAUCCAAGUGGAAAGACAGUAUGUCUGCAGACCAAUAUCAUCAGCUAGGGGGCAAGUCUACACUCAGCUGUCAUUUCUAUAUUCACAUGGCUUCUGACAGCAAUUUCAGGUGGCUUUAGCACCAACACAUAUAACAAUUUUUCCAACCCUCGGGGAAAGAGAAGGAAUUUCUACGCCAUCCAUAAACAUUUAAAGGAAUAAUGUAACUGUACGAUGACAUAUCAUCCCCUUUUCUCCCUCUCCUAGGGGAGGGUGUAAUCUUUCUGGGAACCCUUUUACAGCUAUAAACAAAGAUGACACAACAACAUACUUUAUUCAACCUGAGAAGUUAAUAUUAACUAAGGACUUUACACCCAGCAUCAAAGAUUUGCCAGGUCUUUGUCAUAAUUGUUCUUGACUAAAAGAAGAGUGGAUCUAUCGGUGACAACAGAUUCUCCUGUUGUUUGUAUAAAUUUGGCAUUUGGCCAUGGCAGAAACAGAAACAGAGAGGAUUCAACUGAAGCGCGAGUUGGGUUUAGUCAGUGCUGUGUCAUUGGUAGCAGGAACCAUGAUUGGAUCGGGAAUAUUCAUGUCCCCUCAGUUUGUGCUGUCUUACAUUGGAAGUCCAGGGGCAAGCCUGAUCAUUUGGGCAUUGUCUGGCCUUGUAGUCAUGCUGGGGGCACUCUCAUAUGCUGAGCUAGGAACCAUUAUUAAAGAAUCAGGGGGGGACUUUAUCUACAUUCUUCGAAUCUAUGGACAGUUUCCUGCCUUCUUUGUGGCCUUCACCUUCCUACUAGUGGUGAAACCAGCCAGCAUUGCAGCAAUAUCCCUCAGUUUUGCAAAAUAUGCUGUGGCACCUUUCUACCAAGACUGUUCUCCUCCUCAGCUAAUAGUGAAGUGUGCUGCUGUUGCAGCCAUCAUGGUUGUAGCCAUGGCAAACAUCUUGAAUGUACGUUUAGCCAUGAGAAUUCAGGUGGUCUUCUUGGUGGCUAAGCUAUUUGCAUUGAUGGUUAUAGUAAUUGGAGGGAUAGUGAUAAUUGCACAGGGAAAUGUUGCUGUACAACAAAAUGCUUUUGAUGGUACGAACUUGGGUUUGAGCUCCAUAGGGAUGGCUUUUUACCAAGGCCUCUGGUCCUUUGCUGGCUGGUACAACUUGAACUACGUGACAGAAGAGUUGAAAAGACCUGAGGUAAAUCUGCCCAGGGCAGUUAUAAUUGCCAUCCCCAUGGUAACCAUGCUGUAUCUACUAGUCAAUGUGAGCUACCUGGCUGUCAUGACGCCAAGAGAACUGAUGUCGUCGAAUGCAGUGGCUGUCACCUGGGGGAAUAAGGUGCUCGGGAGCUGGGGAUGGGUGAUGUCUAUCGCAGCCGCUUUGUCUGCUUUCGGCUCCCUGAAUGGAACAUUCUUUAGUGGCGGCCGGGUGUGCUUUGUGGCUGCAAGAGAGGGACACAUGCCUGAUAUUCUGUCCAUGGCCCAUGUGAAUCGACUGACCCCCUCUCCAGCCCUGAUCUUCACCACGACUAUCUCACUCCUGGUUCUCAUCCCUGGUGACUUUCAGAGCAUUGUCAACUUCUUCAGUUUCACUGCCUGGUUCUUCUAUGCAAUCACUCUGUCUGGGCUCCUCUACCUCAAGAUCAAGAAACCUGAACUUCCCAGGCCAUAUAGGGUUCCCAUUGUAAUCCCCAUCUUGGUCAUCAUCGCAGCAAUUUUCCUUGUGCUGGCACCUAUAAUUGACAACCCCGCGAUAGAGUACCUCUAUGUCACCUUGUUUAUCUUUAGUGGUGUUUUGGUUUAUGUACCCUUCAUCCACUUCAAACUGUGCCCUGGACUGUUGGAGAAAGUCACUGUGUUCCUGCAACUCUUCCUAGAGGUGGCCCCAGCAGACAAAAAUCUAUGAUUUAUUUUACAGAAUAUAUGUGUCACGUUGUGACCUUUAUUUCCUUUGUUUUGUCGUUAUUUAGUAUGGUCAGGGCGCGAGUUGGGGUGGGCAGUCUAUGUUUUUUCUAUGAUUUUGGGAUUUCUAUGUUUCGGCCUAGUAUGGUUCUCAAUCAGAGGCAGGUGUCAUUUGUUGUCUCUGAUUGAGAAUCAUACUUAGGUAGCCUGGGUUUCACUGUUUGUUUGUGGCUGAUUGUCUAUGUUAGUUGCUUGUGUCAGCACAGGUCUCAUUAUAGCGUCACGGUCGUUAUUCGUUUAUUGUUUUGUAUAGUUUGUAUUCAGUGGUCAGUGCUUUCUUUAAUUAAAAAAUCAUCAUAAACACAUACCACGCUGCGCUUUGGUCUGCUUCAUACGACGAUCGUGACAGAAUCACCCACCAACCAUGGACCAAGAGGCGUGGUGACAGGCAGCGGUAGCAGGAGCAGCGCAAGGAGGAAUGGACAUGGGAGGACGAGUUGGACGGUAAAGGACCCUGGGCACAGCCAGGAGAAUAUCUGUGCUUCCUGUGCUUACCGGAGAGCGAGAGAGACCGGGCAGGCACCGUGUUAUGCGGUUGCAUCGGCCGGGCUAGAGUGGGCAUCAAGCCAGGUGUCAUAAAGCCGGCUCUACGCAUCUGGUCUCCUUGGGCCGGCGUACAUGGCACCAGCCUUAAGCAUGGUGUCCCCGGUUCGCCAGCACAGCCCAGUGCGGGCUAUUCCACCUCGCCGCACUGGCAGGGCGACCGGGAGCAUUCAACCAGGUAAGGUUGGGCAGGCUCGGAACUCAAGAGCUACAGUGCGCCUGCACGGUCCGGUCUAUCCAGUACCACCUCCACGCAUCAGCCCUCCGGUGGCAGCGCCCCGCACCAGGCUGUCUAUCCGUCUCAUCCCUACAGAGCUCCUCCGUCCAGCGCUGCCAGAGCUUCCGCCCCUCAGUCCAGAGGCGCCAGAGCCCCUCAGUCCAGAGGCGCCGCCGGAGUCAUCCUUCACCCCAACGCUGCCGGAAUCUCCCGUCCAUUCAGGACCCAUUUCUAGGGUCCCCAGUCCGAGGUCGGCGGCGAGGGUCGCCGUGUUUAGGAUGCCACGGAGGCGGACAAUGAGGCGGAGAAAGACUGUGUUGAAGUGGGGUCCAUGUCCCAUUCCAGAGCCACCACCGCGGACAGACGCCCACCCAGACCCUCCCCUAUAGGUUCAAUUGACAAAAAUAAGUUUGUCUCAGAUUGGCACCACCAUAACCAGAUUGGCACCACCAUUGUGAAUGACUUUUCAAUAGUAUGUACAGUACCUUCAGAAAGUAUUCAUACCCCUUGACUUAUUCCACAUUUUGUUGAAUUCAAAAUUGAUAAAAAUUCUCACCCAUCUACACACAAUACCCAAUAACGACGAAGUGAAAUGUUUGCGAAUGUAUUGAAAAUGGAAUCCAGAAAUAUCUAAUUUAAAUAAGUGUUCACACCCCCGAGUUAGAAUCACUUUUGGCAACAACAACAGCUGUGAGUCUUACUUGGUAAGUCUCUAAGACCUUUGCACACCUGGAUUGUACAAUAUUUGCACAUUAUUAUUUAAAUUCUUCAAACUCUGUCAAGAUGGUGGUUGAUCAUUGCUAGACAACCAUUUUCAUGUCUUGCCAUAGAUUUUAAUAAUCUAAUAAUUUUAAUGUAAUGUUCUCUAGCUUCGCCGUGAUUGGGUAAUGUUCUUUAGUUGUGCCGUGAUUGGCUCAGUGUUCUGUCACUCAUGGGGACACUAUUUCAUCUCCAAAUCUAAGGAUAGAGCUCAAAAUUCAAGCCCCAUUGGGUGCUGCCAUAGAGUUACAUUAGAAGUGCCAAUCCAAGAAGGCUCAAGGUCAUUGGCCACAUAUAAAAUUAUGUCAAAUCAUGUUAUAUCUACAGUAGCUUUGAUUGGACUCAACAUCAGACUAUCAACAUCUUAGCUAGCAAGCAAGGAGACAUCAUGAAUCAAGUUGACAUUCUACUUGCAAAUGCUUUUUAAUCCUUUUCAUAUAAACAGAAAUUAUUGAUAAAACGUAUCGGUGGACAUCGGCCAUAAACAUUGCAGAAGCUGGAAAUCGCAAAAUCAACAAUGAGUGGUUUGGAAGGAAUUACUGGCUAAAUGCAAGCAUUGCAAAGCAAUCACUAGCCUGUCAUUCAGUGGAGUGGCUGUGUGGUCCCAAGUCUGAGUUUAAGGUUCUCUUGCCAAGCUUAUUUUUUAUUUUAUUUGAACCAUUUUAACAGUUAAGAACAAAUGCUUAUUUACAAUGACGGCCUACAUCGGCCAAACCCAGACGAUGCUGGGCCAAUUGUUCGCCACCCUAUGGGACUCCCAAUCACGGCCAGUUGUGAUACAACCUGGAUUCUAACCAGAGUGUCUGUAGUGACGCCUCAAAGCACUGAGAUGCAGUGCCUUAGGCCGCUGCGCCACUUGGGAGCCUGAACGAUACAUUUUCAACAUUGGCCAUGCUGUCAAUCCAGCAUGAUAUCUGCCAAGCUCAAAACAACUUAACUGGGAAAUCUGACAUCAGUGAGUUCAAGACAACUGGGAAAGCGAGCUCCGACUGGGAAAAUACAUUUUGAACUGUCAUCCAACUUGGAAUUGUAAAUCGGGAACUCGGGCCUCUUUCUACAGCUAAGACCUGAAGAUCACCGACAACAUCAUGAUUUGACCUUGUUUAUUUCAGAGUUGUCAGUUAUCUUGAAUGCCCCAUACUUUGAUGACAAAGUUGGAUGACAAAAUUUGCCCACGAAGGACCGCCGUGCCACUUCCCUGUUCAAGUGAGCACAGCACAACAAGGUCCAAAAAUGUAUUGUAGGCUGCUGCAUAAAUUAUGUAAUAUGCCAGGGAGAUAUGUAUACUUUAGGUAAGAAAAUAAUACUAAGUGUAUGUUGUGUAGAAAGCUGUUAGUAGCCCAUGUGCCACACCCUAAUCAUUUGGUCUAUUUUCCCCUUUUAUUUUUGCCUACUGUUCUGACUUGGUGGUGAACAUGUAAUUAUCAAAUAUUUUAAGAGCUUUCAUUGUCUGCUUAUAUGCCCCAUUUAUUUAUCCAUCCUAUGGUUCUGACUUGGUGUACAGGGAAAACACUGUAAGAACGGCCCAUGUUCUGAAUUCUGUCGCUGUACAUCUCAAAAGUGCUGAACAAAUAGUUAUAUUGAUUACGUCUGUCCUAGUUCACCCAUUGUCUUAAUCGAAGUUACGGAUUGCCUUUUAUCCGCUUGUCGUCCCCUUAUGCCAUAGUUUGUACAUCUCAAUUGUCAGUAGAAACCACAUUUGUUUAAGCAAGUCAGCCAUAUCAAAUAUGUUUUUUUAAAGUCAGUAAAUGAGGCUAAAUGAACUGUUUCGCUGCUAGACAAGGCUUCGCUGAUAGCCAGGUGUAGCAGUGGUAAGGUGUUGGGACUGCUGUUGAGACUCUGCUGUUGGAACAUCUUGAUGUAGGCCCCAACAGUUUGUGGUUACCGUUUGUCACUGUUAUAGUGCAAUUAAUGUAUUCUUCAGUGUUCAAAUUUGAUUUGUCACGUACGCAGAAUACAACAGGUGAAGACCUUACAGUGAAAUUCUUACUUACAAGCCCUUAACCAACAAUGCAGUUUGAAGAAAAAUAAGUGUUAAGUAAAAAAUAGAAAUACCUAAUAAUUAAAGAGGAGCAGUAAAACAACAGUAGCGAGGCUAUAUACAGGGGUUACCGGUACAGACUCAAUGUGCGGGGGCACAGGUUAGUCGAGGUUACUGAGGUAAUAUGUACAUGUAGGUAGAAUUAAAGUGACUAUGCAUAGAUAAUGAACAGAGAGUAGCAGCAGCGUAAAAGAAGGGGGAGGGGGCAAUGCAAAUAGUCUGGGCAGCCGUUUGAUUAGCUGUUUCAGAGUCUAAUGGCUUGGGUGUAGAAGCUGCUAAGAAGCCUUUUGAACCAAGACUUGGUGCUCCAGUACCACUUUCCGUGCGGUAGAAAAGAGAAUAGUCUAUGACUUGGGUGACUGGAGUCUUUGACAAUUUUUAGGGCCUUCCUCUGACACUGCCUGGUAUUGAGGUCCUAGAUAGCAGGAAGCUUGGCCCCCGUGAUGCACUGGGACAUAUGCAUUACCCUCUGUAGUGCCUUGCGGUCAGAGGCUGAGCAGUUGCCAUACCAGACAGUGAUGCAACCAGUCAGGAUGCUCUUGAUGGUGCAGCUGUAGAACUAUUUGAGGAUCUGAGGACCCAUACCAUAUAUUUUCAGUCUCCUGAGAGGGAAUAGGUUUUGUCAUGCCCUCGUCACGACUGUCUUGGUGUGUUUGGACCAUGAUAGUUUGUUGGUGAUGUGGACGCCAAGCAACUUGAAGCUCUCAACCUGCUCCACUACAGCACCAUCGAUGAGAAUGGGGGCAUGCUCGUUCAUCCUUUUCCUGUUGUCGACAAUCAUCUUCUUUGUCUUGAUCAGGUUGAGGGAGAGAUGGUUAUCCUGGCCCCACAUGGCCAGGUCUCUGACCUCGUCCCUAUAGGCUGUCUCAUCGUUGUCAGUGAUCAGGCCUACCUACCACUGUUGUGUUGUCUGCAAACUUAAUGAUGGUGUUGGAGUCGUGCCCUGCCAUGCAGUCAUGGGUGAACAGGGAUUGCAGGAGGGGACUGAGCCCGCACCCCUUGAGAAUCAGCGUGGCAUACUGAACUAUACUCUACUGUUCUUUACUUUCCUGUGCUGUGCUGUCCAAACUUGUGAUUGGUUCAGAUUUGGUCCAGUCUCCAGUCAUGGAUAUCUAUGUUUGGGCCAAAUUAAGGUCAAAGAUCAACUACUGUGGACGUUGAAGUCAAGGCCGGACUGGACUGGCCCAUAAAACAUUGUCUGUGAACGUUGAAAUCAAGACCAGAGCGGAAUGACCAAAUUUCAACUACUUUUCAAUGUCCAUGGACAUCCAAUGAUGGUCAAGUGUGUGUGCGGAUACUGGUUACAGUAAAUGGAAAGAGAGGGGGCUCAUGGGUAGGAGUCAGGAAGACCCUGGAGAGGUAACAUUAACUGGAGAGAGAGAGAAGAGAGAAUAAGGGAGGGGUUGUCCAGACUGUUUUCACACUCUCACUUUGACCACAAGAAGACUGAAAGAGAAACAGUUAUGAGCUGAACAUAACAGUAUGCCAGUGGAAGGGAGGACAGUAGCAGGUGACCCAAUUGUGGUUUGUGACUACUAUGAUUUCCCAUAGCCAAUUCAAAUGCAGUAAUUCUGGUAGAACUACGAGUUUUAAUCAGUUAAUAAUUCACUAACAAGAAUAUAUAUCAGUAAAAACACUAACUAAUUGGUAGGUCUACUUUUGUUAUUUCUGUGAACUUUCAUUGUCCUCCCUCCUCACGAGGGCGAGAAAUUAGAAAAUAUCUUAAAGAUAUGUUGGUUUUUGUUAACGGAAUUACAAGGAAAAAUUCAAUGUUUCUUAAAUUUACAGAAGGCAAAUCAUUUCUCCAAAACUCACCUAAAUAUAAAGUACAUUUUACUACUUGCCUAGAGAGUUUUCAGCUAUACUUUUCAUGACCACAGACAGAUGCUGGCACUAAGACCGCACUCAGUCAGCUGUAUAAGGAAACAAGCAAACAGGGAACCACUCACCCAGAGGCGGCACUCCUAGUGGCCGGAGACUUUAAUGCAAGGAAACUUAAAUCAAUUCUACCAAAUUUCUAUCAACAUGUUAAAUGUGCAACCAGAUUUUUAAAAAUCUAGAUCACCUGUACUCCACACAGAGAGACGCGUACAAAGCUCUCCCUCGCCCUCCCUUUGGUAAAUCCGAUCACAACUCUAUCCUCCUGAUUCCUGCUUACAAGCAAAAAUUAAAGCAGGAAGCACCAGUGACUUGGUCUAUAAAAAAAGUGGUCAGAUGAAGCAGAUGCUAAACUACAGGACUGUUUUGCUAUCACAGACUGGAACAUGUUCCGGGAUUCUUCCGAUGGCAUUGAGGAAUACACCACAUCAGUCACUGGCUUUAUCAAUAAGUGCAUCGUGGACGUCGUCCCCACAGUGACUGUACGUACAUACGACAACCAGAAGCCAUGGAUUAAGGCAACAUUUGCACCGAGCUAAAGGGUAGAGCUGCCGCUUUCAAGGUGCGGGACUCUAAGCUUACAAGAAAUCCUGCUAUGCCCAGCGACUAACCAUCAAACAGGCAAAGCGUCAAUACAGGGCUAAGAUUGAAUCAUACUACACUGGCUCCGACGCUCGUCUUAUGUGGCAUGGCUUGCAAACUAUUACUGGCUACAAAGGGAAGCACAGCCAAGAGCUGCCCAGUGACACGAGCCUACCAGACGAGCUAAAUCACUUCUAUGCUCGCUUCGAGGCAAGCAACACUGAGGCAUACAUGAGAGUAUCAGCUGUUCCGGACGACUGUGUGAUCACGCUCUCCAUAGCCGACGUAAGUAAGACCUUUAAACAGGUCAACAUACACAAGGCUGCGAAGCCAGACGGAUUACCAGGACGUGUGCUCCGGGCAUGUGCUGACCAACUGGCAGGUGUCUUCACUGACAUGUUCAACAUGUCCCUGAUUGAGUCUGUAAUACCAACAUGUUUCAAGCAAACCACCAUAUUCCCUGUGCCCAAGAACACAAAGACAACCUGCCUAAAUGACUACAGAGCCGUAGCACUCACGUCCGUAGACAUGAAGUGCUUUGAAAGGUUGGUAAUGGCUCACAUCAACACCAUUAUCCCAGAAACCCUAGACCCACUCCAAUUUGCAUAUCACCCAAACAGAUCCACAGGUGAUGCAAUCUCUAUUGCACUCCACACUGCCCUUUCCCACCUGGACAAAAGGAAUACUUAUGUGAGAAUGCUAUUCAUUGACUACAGCUCAGCGUUCAACACCAUAGUACCCUCAAAGCUCAUCACUAAGCUAAGGACCCUGGGACUAAACACCUCCCUCUGCAACUGGAUCCUGGACUUCCUGAGGGGCCGCCCCAGGUGGUGAGGGUAGGUAACAAAACAUCUACCACGUUGAUCCUCAACAUUGGAGCUCCACAGGGGUGCGUGCUCAAUCCCCUCCUGUACUCCCUGUUCACCCAUGACUGCAUGGCCAGGCACGACUCUAACACCAUCAUCACAUGAUCACUGACAACGACGAGACAGCCUAUAGGGAGGAGGUCAGAGACCUGGCCGGGUGGUGCCAGAAUAACAACCUAUCCCUGGAGCAGGUUGAGAGCUUCAAGUUGCUUGGUGUCCACAUCACCAAACAAACUAUCAUGGUCCAAGCACACCAAGGCAGUCGUAAAGAGGGAAUGACCAAAUCUAUUCCCCUUCAGGAAAGUAAAAAGAUUUGGCAUGGGUCCUGAGAUCCUCAAAAGGUUCUACAGCUGCAACAUCGAGAACAUUCUGACUGGCUGCAUCACUGCCUGGUAUGGCAAUUGCUCGGCCUCUGAACGCAAGACACUACAGAGGGUAGUGCGUACGGCCCAGUACAUUACUG